GUGGUAACUCUCCCCAUAUCAAUCAGGUCAUUAUCAUUUGGUAAAGAUUAUAAUUGUGAUUGGAUUGCCAAUUCAUUGCCGGAUACAAUAACAUCAUUAUCAUUUGGAAAGGACUUCAAUCAAACGAUUAGUCCUGGAAUGUUACCAACAUGUCUGACAUCACUGACAUUUGGGGACAACUUCUAUCAGCCUAUCAUGCCGGGUGCACUUCCUCAAUCACUGAUCACUUUGGUCAUGGGAUCUAACUUUGAUCAUAACAUCACUGGUGAUGGAAUAUUCCCCUACUCACUCAGAUCACUCACUUUUGGUACAAUGUUCAACCGACCCUUCACACCAGGUUUGCUUCCACCACUGCUGGAAACACUCCAACUUGGUAGAAACUACACUCUUCCACUCCAUCCACAUUGUUUCCCAGACUCUCUGACAGACCUCACAUUUCCAAGCACAGCAUAUCGCGAGAACAUUCCACAAAGUGUACUUCCAACAUCACUUACAAGAUUGGAAAUUAAUUCAUUCAAAAUAAGAUUGAUCACAUUUCCAGACCCUCAAUAUUCCAAACUCAGUACAUUGGUAUUAAAUAGAAGAACAAAAUUACAAUCAACUAUACCAUCAUCAGUUGGUACAUUGAUCAUCAAUGAUUGUUUGGCGGAAGAUGGUGUAAGACAAUGGAAGGAAUCAACAUAUUCUUUAGUACAUCAUAUUGGAUCAUUAUAUGGUACAAUUUAUUAUGAUCCAAAGCAAUAUGGAAGUACAGUUCAAUCUACUUUACAAAGGAUAUUACUUCAAGACUAUCCAAAUAUUGGUAUAUAUUAUUUAUCUGUAACAACAUAUUCAAAGGAUAAUCUACCAUCACAUCAAUAUCAAUUACAAAUUCGUAAAAUAGAUAAUAACAAUGCCAUAUGUCUAAUAUCACAAGAUACAUCAACUGACCAACUAAUAAGCAUCCUACCAUUACAUCAACAUCCAAUCAUUCCAUCAAACAAUCAAUCAAAUUUC